AUGCCAGGAUCACCCACCUUCCAAAUCUCCCCCCUCCCCUCCCCCACCCCCGCAGACUUCACCGCCAUCUUCACCACCGCCGCCCUCUCCCUCGGCCGCCAAACCCACGACUUCUUCUGGACGACCUUCAACCCCGGCUACGAGACCGACGCCGGCAUCCCGCGCGGUGCCGAGAUGCUGCGUCGGCGCUGGGACAAUUUCGUCAAUACCCCGUUGAACGCGUCGGGUGAGAGGAAUGCCGUGUAUGCUGUCGCGACUGUUCCUCGAGAUCCUAGCAGCAGCAGCAGCAGCAGCAGCAGCAGCAGCAGCAGCAGCAGCGGUGGUGCUGAUGGCACAGAGGCAGGCAGGGAGAUCGUUGGAGUGGCGCGCUGGCUGCAGCUCUCUCUCGACCCUCAGCACGGCAUUGUGCCCGCACAGAGCGAUGAGGGGGCGAGGAAGGUGGUGAAUGUCGAGGCGUGUGCGCCGGGUGAUGCCGAGAGGCAGGCAUACCUCGCGAAGCUGUAUCUGGGCAGUUCGUUGCAGCGGGUGGGGCUGCUCCAGGAAGUGAUGGAGAAGCAUGAGAGGGGGGAGUUGAACGGCCCGCCGGCGGUGAUGGCGCUGGAUCUGUGUGCUGUCAGGCCGGAUUGGCAGGGGAAGGGGGUCGGGAAGGCGCUGGUGCAGUGGGGGAUGCAGCAGGCGAGAGAGAGGGGGAGUUUGGAGUCGAUUACGGAGGCGAGUCUUAUGGGAAGGAGGGUUUAUGCGAAGUUUGGGUAUCGGGAGGUGAGGGAGUCGGUUAUCGAUGUGGGGAAUGGUGAGGUAGUUAGGACGGGGGUUGUGGUCAUGAAGACCUGGGAAAGUCCGGGUGAUGGAAUGGAGCAGUUCUGA